AGUAUGCAAUCUCGACGCAUAACGCCACAUUUAAAAUUACCAAAAAUCCAGUUGGCUCUGAACAUUUUUUGAAAAUGGCUGUAAAAUUGUGUGCGCUGUUUGUAAUCAUUUUAUUUGCCGAUGUUAACUGUAAAGUUCAGAAACGGGCGCUGACAGAGUCCAUGGGGCAGGAGGUUAUAGAGAUGGCUUCACCGGAUAAAGAAUUACCAGCUGAUCUAGAGGAGGAGCCGUCUGCCGAGAGCUUCGAAGCCAAAUCAACGUCCACCACGAUCGGCGCCGCCACGAAGAAUGUACCAGCAAAGAGCAUCACCUCUCGACGUAUGAAUGCUGCUAAGGACGAGGAGUCGCGAAUUGAGAAGGAGCUCGCUGAGCUUUACAAAGAUCCUGACUAUAAAGACAGCGGGGAAGUCAACAAAACGGAUGGAAGGAAGUCGGCGUCUAAUGUAAAACCUGCACAAAGAACGGAGCUGAAGUUGCACCCGGAAGUGUAUAGUGAGCCGGAAAUGGCGAGGUUCCGCACUCAGACCGACAGGAUCGUAUGCACGACGGAUCGGAGAACUACGAAGACUCUCGGGAAAGUGGAACCGAAGCAGAGGAUCAUGAAUAUAAAUACGCCGGAUAAAAAAAAGAAAGCCUCAUCUGCUACCACAGCCACGAUUUCUCUAUCUCUCCUACCCGUUAUGGUUCUCUUGUAAACCAAUGUCUUCAGUUUCUUGUUUGACACGUAUUUAAAAUUCUUUUGUGUUAUUAAAUGUUUGAUUUUU